GGGGGGUGACUUAUGGGAAAUGGUGGAAUUGGGGUUGGUGCUGAUGUGGACAUGGGUGUGGGCGAUGGGGUGCAGUGUGACUUUGAAAAGGUGUUUGGGAUGUACUAUGGGAUCCGGGCCGGGGCGCUGAUGGUGCGUAAGCUGCUGACUGGGCCUGUGACCGACGCGUUUGGGUAUUAUGUGCAUCGGUGCCUUCAGGCGUGUGUGGUUGGUCAGCUUGGGCUGCAGCUGACGCUGUUUCUCGGUCAUUGGGAGAAUGCGUGGGUGGUCAUCGGCAUCCAGAUGGUUCUGGGCACGCUCAACAUCCAGGCGCAGACGUGCGUGCUCAAGGUUCUCAAGCUCCAUCUCGAUCAGAAGAUGCCCGGCAUGCCUGACGAGCAGCAUGUGGUGAUCAACAAGCUCGAGGCCAUUGGCGAGGGGCUGGCGACGGCGUUUAUUGCGGUGGCGACGUUUGCAGCGUACAUGCUUGCCACACGCGGCGGCGUGGCGUUUGGGCCGUGCAGUGGCUCGUCUUUGGCGUCUCGCUGGCGUUCACGGUGACGACUCUCGCGCUUUCGAGCACAAUCGACUACCAAUUCAUUGCACCGUCGGUGGUUGACACAUCGGCGUCGGCAGUCAACGGGCCGCUGGCGACGCAGCCGCUGCUCUCGUACCAGUCGCUCUCGUCGGCAGCCAGCGUCGAGCCGGUCUCGGGUCUUCGGUAUCUCAUCGACGGAGUCAAGGUACUCUUCGGGUCGCCAAUCCUUGUCUUUUCCUCGAGCAUCUAUUUGGUGGCGUUCCUGUACCAGUACGUAAUUUACGUGACGCUCACGCUGUCCGAGUCUGAGAAGCACUCGUCGUCGACGACGAUCAAGACGCGCGAGAACUACUGCGGCGGAGUCAUCUCCAAUCUCUUUCUCCAGGCAGCGAUUCUCAACGUGGUUUACCUCGUUGGCUCCGCGCUCUACACUGUGAUUCUCGCGCCGAUGAAGGCGCACGUCUUCUUUUCGUUUGCGCUCCCUGUACUCGCGGCCUUACUUGGCGGUGCAACGUUUAGCCUCUCGGCCGAGCUAACCUCGCUCGAGUCGUCGUUUGCCCUUGCUGUCCUCUCGUUUGCUUCGUUUGCCAUAUAUCUCUACUGCCAGAACCUUGGGCUCGCCACGGUCCCGCACGAGUUUAUCGGGAUCUUCUGGUCGUUCCUCGGUGUGGUCGGCUCGGCGCUCCUCUUUGUGCCGUCGGCGUUCACCACGUACGGCGUGGCGGUCAUGACAGUCAUUAUUUUCUCGGCUGGAUGCAUGGCGCUGGUCGGACUACUCUCGAUUGCCUUUGUCGCCGUUGCCGGCUCGUCGCUCAAGAACCUAUCGCAUGCGCCGGAUCUGGACCUCUUUGCGUCUGUAGGCUCGGUCACGUAUGCGGCCAGGACCGAGAGCGUUGUUGACUCGGCCACGUACAACAAUGUCUUCGACCAGUGAGCCGGUGGCGCGUCUGGGAUGGCUUGAGGAGAGUGUAACCUUUUGCGAAGAAGAGUAGUUGUUGGCGGCUGGAGUGCUGCUUGUUACUGUGAUGGCGAGUGGGUGCUUCCCUACAGAUCGCCAGCGGGCCAACAUCGGCGAGCAUGCGGCCGCAAGCAGGGCCUUGCUGGGUCGCCCAAUGAGUUAUCGACGCAUGCCAACAACGCGCGGCUAGGGCAUGCGGAGGACCUCGCGGCCGCCGACCCAGAUGAGCUGGGAGAGGGCAAAGGCGAUGACGGCAAGGGUGAGGAGAGUGAACACAGUGUGCGAUGUGUCGUUGGGCCAGUCGUCGGCCCAGAACGCCAUGCCUGCGAUGAUGAUGGCCGCCGAUGAGAGAUUGAGCCGCAGCUCGAG